AUGACAACAUGCGUCUCCCGCAGACCUGCCACCGAGAAGCUCGUAGGCUGCAAUGAGUCUCUCGGCCCGCGCCAGGAGGCUUCUGAUUCCCCACGUUGCUUCUCGGCUCUGAAUGUGCGUUGCCUGGGCGCCAUGGAUUCUUUCGUUGUCGUGACAGAGUAUGACUCUACCCCUCGGCCCGGACAGGGGCAGCCGGACGAUUUGGAGGAUGAGGAACCGAUGGAACCCUGCGAGGGACAGUCGGGGGCGUCGGGUCCUGGAGAAACGGAGGAGAAGGGUUUCCUCGGAGGUGCUUCCGAGGGUCCUUUGAGGGAGCCGCGAAGCAAGCUGACUCUCUCAAGUCGAAAACUUUCUCUCCAGGAGCGGUCUCAGUCGGUCCAGUCUCCUGGCAGCAACUCGGGUGUAAACGGACGCUACAUCUAUCCUUCCCUCCCGUAUUCCCCCGUCACGUCUCCACAUUCUUCACCUCGUCUGCCCCGGAGGCCGACGAUAGAGUCCCACAGAGUUUCUAUCACUGGUUUGCAGGACUGUGUGCAGUUAAAUCAAUACACAUUGAAAGACGAAAUCGGAAAGGGCUCCUAUGGGGUCGUGAAGCUGGCCUACAACGAAGAUGACAACACCUACUAUGCAAUGAAAGUGCUUUCCAAAAAGAAGCUGAUGAGACAAGCAGGGUUUCCACGCCGUCCGCCCCCUCGCGGUGCCAAGACCCCCCUGGAAGGCUUGUGCCAACCCAAAGGCCCCAUUGAACAGGUGUAUCAAGAAAUCGCCAUCUUGAAAAAACUCGACCACCCGAAUGUAGUGAAGCUGGUGGAGGUGCUAGAUGACCCCAGCGAAGAUCAUCUGUACAUGGUAUUUGAACUUAUGAAAAAAGGGCCUGUGAUGGAAGUCCCAACCCUGAAACCGCUGACUGAAGACCAGACACGUUUCUACUUCCAAGACUUGAUCAAAGGCAUCGAAUACCUGCAUUACCAAAAGAUCGUCCACCGGGAUAUUAAGCCUUCCAAUCUCUUAGUCGGAGAAGAUGGCCACGUCAAGAUUGCCGAUUUUGGUGUGAGCAACGAGUUCAAAGGGGCCGACGCUCUGUUAACCAACACAGUGGGCACCCCAGCUUUCAUGGCCCCAGAAACCCUGUCGGAAACCAGGAAAAUAUUUUCUGGAAAGGCUUUAGAUGUUUGGGCUAUGGGAAUCACCCUCUACUGUUUCGUCUUUGGGCAGUGCCCGUUUAUGGAUGAGAGGAUUCUAAGUUUGCACAGCAAAAUCAAGAGUCAGAUGCUGGAGUUCCCUGACCAGCCAGAUAUUUCUGAUGAACUGAAGGAUCUGAUAACGCAGAUGCUGGACAAAAACCCCGAAUCCAGAAUCACGGUCCCGGAAGUUAAGGUACACCCUUGGGUCACCAAGAACGGAGUCGAGCCAUUGCCAACGGAAGAUGAGAACUGCACACUGGUGGAAGUGACGGAAGAAGAGGUCGAGAAUUCGGUGAAACACAUCCCGAGCUUGGCCACUGUGAUCCUGGUGAAGUCCAUGAUCAGGAAAAGGUCUUUUGGGAACCCGUUUGAGGGGAGCAGAAGAGACGAGAGAUCCUUGUCUGCACCGGGGAAUCUGUUGACAAAAAACAAAUCGGGGAAUGUGAAGUAUUACUUCAGUCAAAGGAAGCAAGGCAGCGAAGACAACCUUAAGCUCAGCAGCGACCUGCCAGAUGUGGACGAAGACGAAUUGCUUUCUUGAAAUGGACCCUUCAGUUUGGGAUGCGCCACCUGGUUCCCUGCUCCCUUCGCAAAGCAUGCACACCAGUGAG